UAUUGGAAACUUUCAUUUUUUAAAUAGGGUUUUAAAUGUAAGUAAACAUCCAUAUGUGUUUUAACUUACUGUUUUUAUUACAGUAAUAUUUUGUAUAGAUAAAUAGAUGUUAGUAGAAAAGUAUAUGAAAAAUAAUCAAUUUAGCUAGAUACUUUUACAAGUUAUUUUUUAAUUAAUUUUAUCUAAAUGAAUCAUUGCUUACCCAAAGAAAUGACAGUUCCAUUGUUGGAAAAGUGAACAGGAUAAUAAUGCAACCUUGACUGUUUAACUACAGGGCAGCUUCUUUAGUUGUCCUUGAAGAUUAUACAUUAUGGCCAUUUUGGAUUGAUACUCAUGUAACUCCACCAAUGAUUAAAAAAGGUGAUGGAUUUGUUUACGAUGGCUCAGGAAAGAAGAUUAAAUAUUACAAUGAUGUUCCAGAUAUUUUAGAGAAAUUAAAAAGUGAAGGAUAUAGCUUGGGCAUUGCUUCAAGGACUGAAUGGCCAGAAGGUGCUAAACAGCUAUUAAAAUUAUUAGAUUGGGAAAAGUAUUUUGAAUUUCCUGAAAUAUAUCCUGGUCGUAAAACAACUCAUUUUAAAAGAUUUCAAGAAAAAACAAAUUAUAAAUAUCAGCAUAUGUUAUUUUUUGAUGAUGAAGAACGUAAUAUUCGAGAUGUUAGACAACUUGGAGUCACAAGUAUAUUGGUACCAAAUGGAAUUAGCCAUCAUAUGUUGAAGGAAGGAUUGAAUCAAUUUGCAAGAAAUAACCAAUAAUUUAUUAUGAUUUUUAUUAUAUUGUUGUGAUAAAACUCCUUGUAAAUUAUUUUACUUAU